AUGGCUCUCAAUGCAGCUUCACAUAAUCCCACUGGCAGUCCUACAGGCUCGCCAUCUGGGCCGCCUCCACCUCCUUCAAGCGAAACAACGUCUGCCAUUCUUGACGCCGCAAAGGGUGACCCGACAGCACAGAGCCAAGGUGGUACCGAUGGAGCAGAGAUAGGUCCAGGCCCGCAUGGAGAAGGCGAGAAGCCCAAGACCGCCAAAGAGAUUGAAAAAGAGCGCAAAAAGGCUGAGAAGGAGAAGAAGUUCCAGGAGAAGAGAGCCAAACAACAACAAGCAGCCGCUUCCACAGCUCCCAAACAAAAGGAGAAGAAGAUCAAGAAGCCCGCAGCUGUUGAUGCGUACGAACCAUCCAAGAUAGAGCGGGAGCUAUACGAAUGGUGGGAGAAGCGAGAAUGUUUUGCCCCUCAGUUCACAGCGGACGGCAACGUCAAAGAAGAGGGAAAGUUUGUCAUCUCGAUACCGCCACCAAAUGUUACAGGAUCGCUACAUAUGGGCCACGCCCUGGCAAGCGCGCUACAAGACACUAUGAUCCGUCGAGCGAGGAUGAUGGGUAAGACUACGGCAUACAUCCCAGGCUGCGAUCAUGCCGGAAUAUCUACGCAGAGCGUAGUAGAGAAGACGCUCUGGAAGAAGGAGAAGAAAACAAGACAUGACAUUGGACGAGAAGCAUUGGUAGACACGAUUUGGGCGUGGAAAGGAACAUACCACAAGAACAUCACAAAUCAGCUGAAAAGGAUGGGCUUGUCUGUUGACUGGGGCAGAGAAGCUUUCACCAUGGAUGAGAAUCUUUCAAUGGCGGUCCGCGAAACAUUCAUCCAGCUCCAUGACGAAGGCAUCAUCUAUCGAGCGAACCGUCUUGUCAAUUGGUGCACUGCUCUCACCACUUCUCUAUCAAACUUGGAGGUGGAUAACGUUGACCUGCCAGGCAGGCAACUUUUGUCUGUGCCCGGGUACGAAAAAAAGAUCGAGUUUGGUGUGCUAACUCAUUUCUAUUACGAGAUCGAAGGCAGCGACAAGCGGAUCGAAGUUGCAACAACUCGUCCAGAGACUAUGCUCGGAGACACAGGGAUCGCAGUGCAUCCGAAUGACGAACGCUACAGAGACUUCAUUGGGAAAAGGGCUAAACACCCUUUUCUGGACCGAAGCUUGAUCAUAUUCGCGGAUGAGCACGUUGAUCCUGAGUUUGGUACCGGCGCUGUCAAGAUCACACCUGCCCAUGACCCGAACGAUUUCAAUCUGGGGAAGAAACACGAUCUUACCUUCCUCAACAUCUUCAACGAUGAUGGCACCCUGAAUGACAACACAGGAGACUUUGCAGGCAUGAAACGAUUUGACGCACGAUACAAGGUCAUAGAGGCACUCAAAGAAAAAGGCUUGUAUGUCAAAUGGGUGGAUAAUCCAAUGAAAGUGCCCUUAUGCAGCAAGUCGAAGGAUGUCAUCGAGCCGAUCAUGAAGCCACAAUGGUGGAUGAAAAUGGAGAGCUUGGCCAAACCUGCCAUGGAAGUCGUCAGAGACGGCACCAUUAAAAUCCAGCCAGAGUCAGCCGAGAGAAACUACUUUAUGUGGAUGGAAAAUAUUCAGGAUUGGUGUUUGUCAAGACAGUUAUGGUGGGGUCAUCGAGCUCCGGCUUAUUUUGUCGACAUCGAAGGUGGACAAGGAGAUUCUAGCGAUGGAGAUCUGUGGGUUUGUGCGCAAUCAGAGGAUGGCGCUCGAGAAAAGGCCGAGAAGAAGUUUCCGGGUAAGAAGUUUACCUUACGUUGGGACGAAGACGUUCUGGAUACGUGGUUUUCAUCCGCAUUAUGGCCUUUUUCAACGCUGGGAUGGCCAAAGAAGACCAAGGACAUGGAAACGCUUUAUCCGACCUCGAUUCUCGAAACUGGUUGGGACAUUUUGUUUUUCUGGGUCGCUCGGAUGAUCAUGAUGGGGGUAAAGCUGACAGGCAAGGUACCUUUCACGGAGGUGUACUGUCACUCUUUGAUCCGCGAUUCCGAAGGUAGGAAGAUGUCGAAGUCAUUAGGGAAUGUUGUUGAUCCGAACGAUAUCAUCGAUGGCAUUGGGCUUGAGGAACUGCAUGCAAAAUUAUUGACGGGCAACUUGGAUCCCAAGGAAGUGCAACGUGCAAAGGACUAUCAGAAGUCAGCCUUUCCAAAAGGCAUUAGUGAAUGCGGUGCAGAUGCAUUACGUUUCGCCCUCGUCAAUUACACCACAGGAGGAGGCGACAUCGCAUUCGACAUCAAAGUAAUAGAAGCCUACCGCCGCUUCGCCAACAAAAUCUACCAGGCCACCAACUUCGUCAAAGGCCGACUAGGCGAUGACUUUGUUCCCUCAGAAAUCCCAUACACCAACAAACCCAUCUCACUAGCCGAGAAAUGGAUCCUGCACCGCCUCAACAGCACGGUGAAAGAAGUCAACGACACCAUCGAAGCCCGAGAAUUCUCCACCGCAGCCAGCAGCCUGUACCAAUACUGGCUCACGCAACUCUGCGACACCUUCAUCGAAAACUCGAAAUUCAUCCUCCACGACGACGCCGCGGCUGAGGACCAAGCAUCCGCCAAACAAACCCUCUACACCGCCCUCGAAGGCGGUCUCCUCCUCCUCCACCCCAUCAUGCCCUUCGUCACCGAACACCUGUGGCAGAAGCUGCCGCGUCGACCUGGCGAUGAAACGCCUUCCAUCAUGGUUGCAAGAUACCCUCAAUUCAACACAGUGCUCGACCAACCCUCAGCGGCAGCGGGGUACGAAUUCAUCAUGGCUCUUGCCGCCGGGAUCAGGAGUUUACUGUCACAAUACAACUUCAAAGAGCCAGGCCACAUCUACAUCCAAACCAAUUCGCAAUCGGCAUACGACACCGCCUCCGCGGAACAGACGUCCAUCAAAUCCCUCGGCGGCAAAUACGUGGGUGAUAUCGAAAUCCUGGCCCCACCUUCGUCGAAGCAGGGCACGCAACAGCAGCAGCAGCAGCAGCAGCAACCGUCCGGUUGUGCGGUAUCCCCCAUCUCCGCCGAGGCAGCCGUUUACCUGAAGAUCGUGGGCACGAACGUCAAUCUCAGGCAGGAACUGGACAAGGCGCAGGAGCAGUUGAGGGAGGCGCAGGCGAAAGUGGAGAAAUCGAGGAAAAUCAUGAGCGGGGAGGGGUGGGGGAAGGUGAGGAAGGAGACGAGGGAGAAGGAGGAGAGCCAUUGUCGGGAUGCCGAGGCGGAGGUUGCAAGGUUUGAGGGCGUCAGGGCGGAGCUGGAGAGAUUGACCCUGGAAGAAUAG